AUGGAUCUGACAAAAAUUAACCAGUGUGGUUCACUUUCACAGCACCAGAAACCAAUUGCAUCACUUAAGGAUUUGAUAGUGGGUGAAGUCCAUCGAAUAAUUGAUGCAAAAUUACUGAAGACUAGAUUCGGGGAAUCUAUUCUCUUGGAGUUGGAAGAAAAGUGUAUAUUUCUACCGAAACGAGCAAACGACCAUCUGAAGCAAGUCAUAAAGGAAUUCAGUGGAGCUGGGUUUGGAAUCAAAUUCCUUGGGGUGAAGGAAAUACCGAAAUAUAAACCAGUUCAACUCUUUGAGAUUGUCCAAUUAGGUGAGGGAAUACGAAGUGUAAGAAGUAAUCGGGUGAAAUGGGAGGAUGUUCAAUCAGCAUUUGAAUCAAGAAUAAGAACUGGGGUUAUAAUCAAUUUAAAGCAUACGGUCGUUGAAGAAUUUUUCGAUGAUGCAUUUCAUCUUUUCAAACAUAGAAUUAGAAAUGCAAUAAGCAGUAUUGGAAUUGUUAAAGUGAAUUUAGUAUUUUGCGGACAAUUCAUUAAAAAAAGUGGUGAUGAUGAGCUACUCGAUUUCAAAUAUUUCCCUACACAAAAUGCAACAAUUGAUGGGGGAACAGAUUUAAACGAUUGGUUUGAAAGGAAUGCUUUAAACAUAAUCAAACAAAAACUUGAAGAAUUUCAAGAGAAAGAGAGUGGUUUUGCUCUUCAAUCAAUUGUUUCAUUAGAAGUCAAUAUGAAUAAGGUGGAAAUGGGUAAUGGAGGUAGUUCAUUCAUCAAUCUUCCUGAAAAAAUUGCGGCCAAAAAAGCAUGCAUUAAUAUCAAAAACAAUGAUCAAUGUUGUUUUUUGUGGAGUAUUACUGCAUGCUUACAUCCAGCAUCUUCCCACUCUGAUAGAGUGUCAUCAUAUCCCCACCCAAGCACUAUUUUUAAUUGUGAUGGUAUAGAUUUUCCUAUAAAACUUAAAGAUAUAGAGAGGUUUGAAAUGUUGAAUAAUGUUUCAGUGAAUGUUUUCUCACUGCAAAUGGUUAAAAAUGAUGAUUUCAUUGUAGUUCCAUCUCGUAUCUGCAAAUCCAAAAUUCCACAAAGACAUGCCAAUUUACUUCUAAUUCAGAAUAUAUAUAACCAUAUUGAUGAUGGAAAAAAUGCUCCUAUUGAUGCCAAAAUAGAAUAUCAUUAUGUGUAUAUUAAGAACUUGUCGAGGUUAGUGUCGAAACAACUUAGUAAGUCUAAGAAAAAUAAGUUCAUAUGCGAUCAAUGUCUUAAUUAUUUCACUACAGAAGAAAAACUAGGGAAACAUAUCGAAUUGUGCUCGAAUCAUGAGCCAUGUCACAUACAGUUUCCAGAAAAGUCUCAUGUUAGUUUUACAAAUUACAGAUACAAACAGAGAAGUCCUUUUGUAAUGUAUUGUGACUUUGAGUCAUAUUUGAAACCAAUCAAUGAUAUAAAUUUGAGUUGUUUAAAGUAUCAAGAACACAAACCUAUCAGCGCAGGUUUUUUUUUGAAAAGUUCUUAUGAGGACAUUGUACCGUCAUAUUAUGAGAGCUAUACUGGGGUUGAUUGCAUGGAAUGGUUCUCGAAUAAAUUGUGUGAGAUUGCAGAUAGGUUAUGCAAAAUAAUUAAUCAUGUGAAACCCAUAAACUCAACUGGUUCACAUAGUCGAGUUGUAUGCCAUAUAUGUGAGAAAACAUUCAAAGCGGAUGAUAAAAUAGUCAUGGACCAUGAUCACUUUACUGGAGUGUGCCGCGGGUGGGCUCACAAUAGUUGUAAUCUCAAUUUCAAAAAGUCUUUUAUCAUACCAGUAGUUUUCCAUAAUCUAGGUGGAUAUGACGCACAUUUUCUUAUAAAGGAGAUUGCAAAACAGGGCCGCGUUUCUCUUCUACCAUUAAAUAAAGAAAAAUAUAUUAGUUUUAAGAAAUAUGAUGAAAAUACUCAAAUACAAUUCAGGUUCAUUGACAGUUUACGUUUUCUCAACAGUUCGCUAGAGAAUUUAGCCUCAUAUCUUUCAUUGAAUCAGUUUAUUGAAUUGAAAAAACAAUUUUUCGACUAUAAUGAUGAUGCAUUCAAACUUUUGACUAAAAAAGGUGUGUUUCCCUAUGACUAUAUUAGUAGUGUUGAUAAAUUGAAUGAUACAUGUCUACCGUCCAUUGAGAAAUUCUACAACAAAUUGAAUUAUGAAGAGAUAAGUGAUGAACAAUAUCUACACGCUCAACUAAUAUGGUCCACAUUCAAUUGUCAAUCAUUGAAAGAUUAUAUGAUGUUAUAUCUUAAAACUGAUAUUAUGCUUUUAGCCGAUGUGUUUGAACAAUUCCGCAAUAGCUGUAUAAAAGAGUAUGAAUUAGAUCCUAUUCAUUUUUACACCCUUCCGGGUUAUACCUUUCAAUGUAUGCUUAAAACAACAAAAAUCAAAUUAGAAAUCAUUAAAGAUAUUGACAUAUUACUAUUCAUAGAAAACGGUAUAAGAGGUGGAAUAAGUCAGUGUUCAAACAGAUACUCUACGGCUAAUAACAAAUAUAUGGGGCCAAAAUUCGAUGUUAAUGAACCUGAAAAGUAUUUACUCUACUUAGAUGUGAAUAACUUAUAUGGUUGGGCUAUGAGUCAGUUUUUGCCAUAUGGGGGAUUCAAGUGGACAGACACAAAUAUAGAUAUUACACAAAUACCUGAUGAUGCUCCCGAGGGAUAUAUUUUAGAGGUUGAUUUGGAAUAUCCCGCCGAAAUACACGACAAGCACAAAGACUUGCCAUUCUGUGCGGAAUCACGUAUCCCACCUGGAUCAAAGUUGCCUAAAUUAUUAACUACCCUUUAUCAUAAAAAAAAUUAUAUCGUGCAUUAUAGGACGUUGAAACAAGCCUUGAGUCAUGGACUUGUUUUGAAAAAAGUCCAUAGAGUUCUUCAAUUCAAACAAUCUGCCUGGCUCAAAAUGUAUAUUGACAAAAAUACACAUUUGAGGCAGACAGCAAAGAACAAUUUUGAAAAAAAUCUUUUCAAAUUAAUGGUUAAUGCUGUGUAUGGGAAAACGAUUGAAAACGUCCGGAAGCAUAGAGAAGUUAAAUUGGUCAACAAAUGGUAUGGCAGAUAUGGUGCAAUGAAUUUGAUUUCUAGCCCUUUCUACAAGGAUAGAAUGAUCUUCGGAGAAAAUCUAGUCGCUAUUGAAUUGCAAAAGCGUUUAAUCACAAUCGAUAAACCAAUAUAUGUAGGAAUGUCUGUAUUAGACAUUUCAAAGGUUUGCUUGUAUGAAUUUCAUUACGAUUAUUUCCAACCUAAUUUCAAAGAAAGUAUAUUGAAUUAUGUAGAUACUGAUAGUUUAACUUAUGAGGUAUCAAAUCAAAAUCCCUAUGAGUGCAUAAAACGAGAUUGCUACACACGCUUUGAUACAUCUGACUAUCCUAAAGGAAAUCCAUAUGGAAUUCCUCAAGUCAAUAAAAAAGUAUUGGGUUUGAUGAAGGAUGAGAAUAAUGGUAAGAUUAUGACCGAUUUCGUAGGAUUAAGAUCAAAAAUGUACUCAUUUCGUGUUGAUAAAGAGGAAAUAAAAAAAGUGAAAGGCAUAAAGCGGAAUGUGAUUAAAAGCCUUUCUUUCGAUGACUACUUGAAAUGCUUGAUUGAUUCCAACACUAAAUUAGUAAGACAAAGAAAUAUAAUAUCUAAAUGUCAUGAUGUUUUUUCUAUUGAGCAGGAGAAAAUUGCAUUGUGUAGUAGAGACGAUAAAAGAUACAUCCUACCUAAUUCACAUUGUACUCUACCUUGGGGUCAUUAUCGAAUACCAUCAUCAUCCUAG